UGGGGGAGGGGUUCUCCUUAGGUCUUCAUCAAAACCUGGUGAGGUAAAUUGUUUCAUCCCCAAUUGACAAGUUGGGAAAUUGAGAUUCCAAAGUUCAGAGACAUGGGUUUGUAAUUACGGUCCAUGGAUCAAAUUCAGAACCAGAGCCAGAGGGUUUCUCUAUGAUCCCUGGGGGGCUGGAGGUGGGAAGAAUUGAUGCCCAGGGGCUCAGAAUCUGAUUUCUCUACGUAGGUAACGGUGUAAUCUUUCUGGGACUGAGUGUGGUUGAAGAAUCAUCAAGGGCCAGGAUUUGUACCUGUUCCCUUAAUGAAAGUCUAAGUAUAAAAUGAAGUGGUAUAGCAUUAAGUUGGCUGCUUUCUCCAUUCUAAAGGAUAUUUAGUGAGAAGAUAAGCCCAUGUCAGAAGGCUUCCCACUUUACAGAGAACCCAGGAGCUAGGGAAAGCCUUAGCAAAAUAUGUUGAAUUCAUGCUGAUAAAUUCUGAAUCCUCAGCUGGAUGGGUCAGGAAGUUAGGGCACAUGGGUGGAUAUAGACUCCUUCUUGCAGUGGGUAGCCCGCUGAAAUGCUGGGCUGAAAGUAGUGGGACCAGAAACAUCUGCAGAGGGUGUUGAGUAACUUGCUCAAGGUCACCCAGCUGACAAAAAGCUCAGCUGGACCUCACACAAUUUAGGAGUCCAAAUUCAGUGCUCCUAACACAUCUGCCACUCAGAGCCCACCUCGUGCAGUAGAAAGGGUAUACCAAACCGCUCACCUUUGCUGACUGCAUUAGUGAUGAGUUGCCGCUAGGAUGGGAAGAGGCAUAUGACCCACAGGUUGGAGAUUACUUCAUAGACCACAACACCAAAACCACUCAGAUCGAGGAUCCCCGAGUACAAUGGCGCCGGGAGCAGGAACACAUGCUGAAGGAUUACCUGGUGGUGGCCCAGGAGGCUCUGAGUGCACAAAAGGAGAUCUAUCAGGUGAAGCAGCAGCGCCUGGAGCUUGCACAGCAAGAUUACCAGCAACUGCGUGCCGUCUGGGAGCACAAGCUGGGCUCCCAGGUCAGCUUGGUCUCUGGUUCAUCAUCCAGCUCUAAGUAUGACCCUGAGAUCCUGAAAGCUGAAAUUGCCACUGCAAAAUCCCGGGUCAACAAGCUGAAGAGAGAGAUGGUUCACCUCCAGCACGAGCUGCAGUUCAAAGAGCGAGGCUUUCAAACUCUGAAGAAAAUCGAUAAGAAAAUGUCUGAUACUCAGGGCAGCUAUAAACUGGAUGAAGCUCAGGCUGUCUUGAGAGAAACAAAAGCCAUCAAAAAGGCCAUCACCUGUGGGGAAAAGGAAAAGCAAGAUCUCAUUAAGAGCCUUGCCAUGCUGAAGGAUGACUUCCGCACCGACAGAGGGUCUCACUCAGACCUGUGGUCCAGCAGUAGCUCUCUGGAGAGUUCAGUUUUCCCGCUGCCAAAACAAUACCUGGACGUGAGCUCCCAGACGGACAUCUCAGGAAGUUUCGGCACAAGCGGCAACAAUCAGUUGGCAGAGAAGGUCAGAUUGCGCCUUCGAUACGAAGAGGCUAAGAGAAGGAUCGCCAACCUGAAGAUUCAGCUGGCCAAGCUGGACAGUGAGGCAUGGCCUGGGGUCCUAGACUCUGAGAGGGACCGACUGAUCCUCAUCAACGAGAAGGAGGAGCUGCUGAAGGAGAUGCGCUUCAUCAGCCCGAGGAAGUGGACCCAGGGGGAGGUGGAGCAGCUGGAGAUGGCCCGGAAGCGGCUGGAGAAGGACCUGCAGGCGGCCCGGGACACCCAGAGCAAGGCGCUGACCGAGAGAUUAAAGUUAAACAGUAAGAGGAACCAGCUGGUCAAAGAACUGGAGGAAGCCACUCGCCAGGUGGCGACUCUGCACUCCCAGCUGAAAAGCCUGUCCACCAGCACGCAGUCCCUGUCCUCAGGCAGCAGCCCCGGAUCCCUCACAUCCAGCCGGGGCUCCCUGGCUGCAUCCAGCCUGGACUCCUCCACCUCGGCCAGCUUCACUGACCUCUACUAUGACCCCUUUGAGCAGCUGGACUCAGAGCUGCAGAGCAAGGUGGAGUUCCUGCUCCUGGAGGGUGCCACGGGCUUCCGGCCCUCGGGUUGCAUCACCACCAUCCACGAGGACGAAGUGGCCAAGACCCAGAAGGCAGAGGGAGGUGGCCGCCUACAGGCCCUGCGCUCCCUGUCAGGCACCCCAAAGUCUAUGACCUCCCUGUCCCCACGCUCCUCCCUCUCCUCCCCAUCCCCGCCAUGCUCUCCUCUCAUCGCUGACCCCCUCCUGACUGGAGAUGCCUUCCUCAACCCCCUGGAGUUUGAAGACCCGGAGCUGAGUGCCACUCUUUGUGAACUUAGCCUUGGCAGCAGCACCCGGGAGAGAUACCAGCUGGAGGAACCAGGAGCAGAGGGCAAGCAGCUGGGCCAAGCUGUGAGCACGGCCCAGCGGUGUGGCCUGAAAGUGGCCUGUGUCUCUGCUGCGGUGUCCGACGAGUCAGUGGCAGGGGACAGCGGUGUGUAUGAGGCUUCCGUGCAAAGACUGGGUGCUUCAGAAGCUAUUGCAUUCGACAGUGAUGAAUCCGAAGCAGUGGGUGCGACCCGAGUUCAGAUUGCCCUGAAGUACGAUGAGAAGAAUAAGCAAUUUGCAAUAUUAAUCAUCCAGCUGAGUAACCUUUCUGCUCUGUUGCUGCAGCAAGACCAGAAAGUGAACAUUCGCGUGGCCAUUCUUCCUUGUUCCGAAAGCACCACCUGCCUGUUCCGGACCCGGCCCCUGGAAGCUUCAGACACGCUCGUGUUCAAUGAGGUGUUCUGGGUAUCCAUGUCCUAUCCAGCCCUUCACCAGAAGACUUUAAGAGUCGAUGUCUGUACCACUGACAGGAGCCAUCUGGAGGAGUGCCUGGGAGGCGCCCAGAUCAGCCUGGCCGAGGUCUGCCGGUCUGGGGAGAGGUCGACUCGCUGGUACAACCUCCUGAGCUACAAAUACUUGAAGAAACAGAGCAGGGAACCCAAGCCAGUGGGUGCCACGGCCCCCACCCCAGGGCCUGCAAGCACGGACGCUGUGUCUGCUCUGUUGGAACAGACAGCAGUGGAGCUGGAGAAGAGGCAAGAGGGGAGGAGCAGCACGCAGACGCUGGGAGACAGCUGGAGGUACGAGGAGGCCAGUGAGAAUGAGGCAGCAGCUGAGGAGGGAGAGGAGGAAGAGGACGAAGAGGGAGAGGAGGAUGGCUUCACAGAGAAAGCCUCACCUGAUCUGGACGGGUACCCAGCAUUAAAGGUGGACAAAGAGACCAACACCGAAACCACAGCCCCGUCCCCUACAGUGGUACGGCCCAAGGACCGACGGGUGGGUGCCCCAUCUCCGGGGCCCUUCCUCCGAGGGAGCACCAUCAUCCGCUCUAAGACCUUCUCCCCUGGACCCCAGAGCCAGUACGUGUGCCGGCUGAACCGGAGUGAUAGUGAUAGCUCCACUCUGUCCAAAAAGCCACCUUUUGUUCGAAACUCCCUGGAGCGACGCAGCGUCCGGAUGAAGCGGCCUGCCUCCGUCAAAGCCCUGCGCUCCGAGCGUCUGCUCCGCACCUCUCUGGACCUCGAGUUGGACCUGCAAGCAACAAAAACUUGGCACAGCCAGCUGACCCAGGAGAUCUCGGUGCUGAAGGAGCUCAAGGAGCAGCUCGAACAGGCCAAGAGCCACGGGGAGAAGGAGCUGCCGCAGUGGGUGCGUGAGGACGAGCGCUUCCGCCUGCUGCUGAGGAUGCUGGAGAGGCGGAGGGAUGGAGCGGAGCACAAGGGUGAGCUACAGGCGGACAAGAUGAUGAGGGCAGCCGCCAAGGAUGUGCACAGGCUUCGAGGCCAGAGCUGUCAGGAGCCCCCAGAGGUUCAGUCUUUCAGGGAGAAGAUGGCAUUUUUCACACGGCCUCGGAUGAAUAUCCCAACCCUCUCUGCAGAUGAUGUCUAAUCGCCGGAAAAGUAUUUCUUUGUUCCAACUCACCAUGCUGUGAACAUUGACUGUGGCUAAAGUUAUUUAUGUGGUGUUAUAUGAAGGUACUAAGUUACAAGUCCUCUACCGCUCUUGUUGGUUUGAAGACAGAUUUUUUCUGUGUGGGUUCUAUUGUUAUUAUUAAAACAAAACAAACCUACCAAAAGCAGAAACAAACAAACAAAAAAACCAGCAUUAAGAUGAUAAGAUUGUAUAGUUUGUAUAUUUAGGAAUGUAUUUUUGGGAAAGAAAAUUUAAAUGAAUUAAAGCAGUGCUGAGAUGCUGCUCUUCUUAAAAUCAUUUAGGUUUUUUUUGUUUGUACAGCUCUCCUUUUAGAAGUCUUACUGCAAUAAGAAGUAAUAUUUGGGGGAUGGUAAUCCUGAAAGGACGUCCUGAGGAUGUCACAGUACAGCUAACCUUUCCUACUUAACAUAUUUUGUACAAUAUUAAAAAAAAAUGCACAGAAACCUUUGGGGGGAUUCAGAGGUGCAUCCACAAAUCUUUAUGAGCUGUGAUGUGUUUUUAUGUGGCCGCCUGACUUGGAGGGGCAGUGCCAAGCUGGCUGAACAGCCCGCCUGUGCUGGCGACAGGCCACACGGGUCUCAGAUGCCCAGUGAAGCCGCUGAUGCGAGUGAGGGGAGGGCAGUGGGGAACUCCAUUCAGUUUUAUCUCCAUCAAUAAAGUGGCCUUUCAAAAACAA